AUGGGAGCCAACCUUUGGGUCGUCCAUCGAUCAUCGAGACACUUCACCAACGCCGGUGUCUUUGUCCCGGAGAGAUGGUUGGGUGAUCAAGCAUUUUCAUCAGACGACAAGGCAGCAUUUAACCCUUUUAUGACAGGUCCGAGAAACUGUGUGGGACAAAAACUCGCAGAUGCAGAACUCCGGCUCGUUCUCUCUCGCCUGGUGUGGAAUUUCAAUAUAGAGUUGGCAGACCCGAAUGAAGAUUGGAUAGCAAAACACCAAGUCUUUACUCUUUGGCGGAAGCCUGAGCUCAAGGUGAAGCUUACUCCAAGGCAGGCUAGAUAG